AAACCUACAACCUGCUACUUCUGCGAAAUCAAAAGCGAAUCAAGCUUUACACUUGUAACCAUCGAAUCUAUCAAUUGAAUCUGUUGAUAUAUCCAUUCAAUGGAUGCCGAACCUGGAACUGGGCAUACGAACCGUAAGGUGCUAGAAGUUAUACCUGAAGUUAUAGAUCUGGAUUCUAUGGAGAUCGAGGAUAAGAUUGAAGAAAAGAGUGGUGACUACCUGCCAAUGUAUAUCCACAUUGGUGGUAGUUUUAAACACGACCGCGAUGGUAACCUUAGAUAUGUUGAUGGGGAGUGUGAUACAUGGCAAGUGAAUCCGGAGUUGUUAACAGUUUGGGAGUUUUAUGAGAAAGUUAGAAUUAGUAGAUAUGAUGUUGAUCUAGUGGAAGGUAUUUAUUAUCUUAAACCAAGCAAAUCACUGGAUGAUGGUUUAAAGCAAAUUAUUGGAGACGACACAGUUAGGGAAGUGUUGGAUGUGAUGAAGGGACAUGGUGAAGUUCAUAUAUAUGUGGAUCACAUCCCCAACUUUGCUGAAAUAGUUCCUGUAUCUCUUGUUUUAAUGUUCCCAGCACCUGGUGAUCCUUUAGAACUUGGUGGUGGGGUUUGUAGUGAUGCUGGUGGUGGGGUUUUUAGUGAUGCUGGUGGUGGGGUUUUAGUGAUGCUGGUGGAAGUAGGAUCAAUGAGGAUGAGGCAUUUCAUGAGGAAGGAGAAGUUGAAAGCUGCUUAUAAGCAUGCUGUACCUGUAACUGAAGGGAUGAAUCAGUGGGAUAAAACUGGAAUACCACCUGUUCAACCCCCACCAGCCAGGAAAAUGCCAAGAAGGCCAAAAGGGAAGAGGGUUUUGGAAGAAUGGGAAGGGCACACUAACAUGAGUCGAAAAGGGAGACAAAUGACCUAUCAAAAGUGUUUCCAAAAAGGACACAAUUCAAGAAAAUGCAAAGCACAAGGACCCACCACUGCCCCUCAACCUAAAAAUACCAAUGCAAGUGAAGAGCAAGUUCCUGUUGAAGAUUCCCAACAUCCCACAACAGUCACUGAAAAUUAUGAUUUUCGAAUUCCUUUGAGUCAAGUGGUGAACCCAACGCCUGUCAAUGAUCCAAUGUCUGUGCAGAAUCAGAAUGAAGAGAAUACCAAUCCAGCAACUGUCCAGCAACAAAAAAAUAGAGUUCAAAUACCUACAAAAAGGCAAAACAAAAAGGGCCGAAGGAGUUCAGCAUCAACAACUACGAAUCCCCCUACAGUUGCACCACAUGCCACUAUAGAAACUCCACAGCAACCUAAAAAAAGAGUGAAGACAACUGCAAAAGAACCACCAAGACAUAGGGCAAAAAGUGUUGGUAAUAGGUCAAACCAAUAAAAAAGGAAGUUGUUGCAAUAUGUUUGUUUGAUACUGGACAAUUGGUAGUAUAUUUUGCUUUGUGCUUGUGUUUGGCAAAUAAGAGACAGUUGAUUAG